CAUGUUUCUCUCCCAUAUGCAUUGCAGGUAGCAAUCCUCGGAGCCCAAUCUGUAUCAUUUCCUUCGUCUCACUGAGUUGAGCUGAGUUGAGUUAACUCGUCCAGUUCGUUUCUCUGGAUCGAUAUGGAGAUGGAAGGAUUCAAAGAGAACCCAUCUGAGAUCCACAGCUUCCCUGUCAUCAAUGUUAUAAGUCCGAUGAAGAAAAGAAAAUUUCACGAGGAACGGUUGGGCUUGCCAACACCAAAGCACAGGUGCUGGGCACGAGUAUUUCCAUCUGAUGAAUCCGUCUCCAUGUUUGAUGGAAACCAUGAAAUAAAGAAUAUGCAAAAACAGACGCUGAACAGAAAGAUAGACGGGGCAACCCCGAAUGACAGGUCUGAACCUGAAUCCGGAGGAGGCAGCAAUAGUUUCGCCGGAGAUUCUGGUUAUGCAACGUUGGUUUAUGGUGAUUCUAAAGUCGGACCCGUGUAUGCACAGACAUGCCAGUACGAUAGGCCUUCCACUUCAUCUGGGAACCGCAUCAGCCAUAGUGCAGAUGAACUAAAAUAUGUGAAUGGAGACCAUCAACCUAUGCAUCCACACGGCGAAAUACAAGAAUUUCAGAAUCUUGAAGAACACAUCCAGGAAUUUGGAAACCGGAUGGAUUACAUUUUUGCAGAAUACGGAGAUGACUGCAUUGAGCAAUGUAUGGACACAGGUUGCGAAGAUCUCAUCUACCCCAACGGUUUGAAGCCGAACACAUAUGUACUUUCAUCUGGAAGAUGGAGUGUCGACCAAGAGGGUCAAUCAGCAGGCAGCAGCAGGAAGCCAACCAUUGAUCAAGAAUUCGAGCAGUAUUUUUCCUCGCUAAUGCUGUAGAACUAAUUGCUCCAAUGUGAAGCAAUAAAUCUAUAUUUUCUUAAAAAAAAAA